CUAUUAUAAUCGGAAUCAAUGUUGGACACCUCGAAAAUUUAAAACAAUCGUUUACCUUGACCUCUCGUGUCUGCAUUGGUCCAAGUCGAUGAACGAGGGAGAGCCAUCAUGCUGUCCACGAGGCCGGCCUGAUGCCGCUCGGUAACCAUCGCCUCGAUGAUCUGACAGACGUGGUUCCGGGUUCGGGCGAUACACGUCGUUGGUGAUUCUUCGCCUGUAAUACACGGGCACAUGAGCACUGUCUCCGCAUGUUCCUUAGGGAGAAAUGCAAUGUUGCUUACGUCGGAUCGAUGUACACUACCUUGGGAGUUGGAGCAUAACCUCGGUCCCCAUAGUAUGGCCGCCGUGGCCUACGUCCGGAGUGUCUCAGUGAUCUUCCCAGGAUAUGUGAUGCGGUACUUACCCGUAACGUCUGUCCUCUUCAAAGUCGUUAUAUUCGUGAUAAGGAUACGAUGGGUAUGGAAAGCCACGUUCCGGUCUGUACUCGUGGCGGUAGUGGACAUAUGGAUCACGUCGUCUCUCAUCGUUGUAGUAGUUGCUAUCGUCAGAUUUGGUACGGCUUGAUGAACGAUCGUCGCUAAAUCCUGCCCUAAACCACCAGUCAGGCAGGCUGCAGGGUUCGAUUACUGCUGAUG